AAGCAAGCAACCAUUCUGGCCUCCUCCAAGGAGGCAGGACUGGCAUUUGUAAUCAGGUGGGAAACAUCAUUUAGGAAUACUUUGUUGCUGUCUGUCAAUUCAGGUUUACUUUUAUUUUGUAAUUGAAAAAGGAAAAUACAGUUCCAGCAAAACCUUUUCUUAAACAGCUCUGUAUUUUGCUGAAAUACCAAUACUUUGGGAAAACAAAAUAUGCUAGUCAUGUAUGCAAUAAGCAUAGCAUGAGUUACAUAGGGUAUAAAACCCAACUGAAUACUAGUUGUUAUUAAUUCCAAUUUUUGUGUUUGUUUUUACCUUUGCAGGAAAUUAAGAUUUCAAGGGAAGCUUUAAAAGGGGACUUUUCUGGGAAGCAGAUCAUAUUUUUGUGGGUUUUUUUUUAAUGAAGAAAAUCAUCUGAAUUGCCUGACAUUUCUACGGUAGAGUAAAUUGCAUUCUUGCAGCGCAAGAGGAAUUCUUUCCUGCAUUACAAAUUUGGAAGAAGCAUUAAAAAGUGAGAGUCGGAAAAUGGUUCUGUCAAGGAGGUGUGGAUGUAUCAGGAUGUAGCUACUGUACAAAGAUUGCACUUGGAUAAUUCUGGACAGGAAAAAGCAGCCCCAUUCCUGUCCUCCUGAAGAGGCUACCAUCCUUCAAGCCUCAGCAUAAUGAAUAGUUUCCAUCACGCAGCGCUGCAGUUACCACCUCUGACUACUACGCUGCACAGAAGAGUUUGUAAGAGUUACAAAGAAAGUAAUUCCUGCUAAAGGCAUUAAACCAAACAAAAGAGGCUCUUCAUUCACUGACUUUACAUGAGGACAAAACCAGAGGCAAGCUGAAGCUUUUCUAUGCCCCAGCCUGGUGUGCUUAUGUACCAUGAUAAAUCUUGGUUGGAAUGCUCAUUGAGUAUCGUGCCAGGAGCCAGGAAACCCACACCACCGAGAAGGACCGUCUGAGUAAACACCGUUGAGGAAAAAAAAAAAAAAACCCACAGCUCCAUGGAGUAAACUGUAAGAGUGACUCACAAGGCAUUCCUUCACUGGAUAUCCUCAAGCACAAAAUUUACUCAUACCUUUAAAUACGAUUGUUGAAGAUCAGAACUGUAUACAAAUCUCAUCAUUCCUGACCAUGAUUAGUGUAACCUGGAGCAUCUUCCUAGUUUGGACUAAAAUAGGGCUGUUACUUGACAUGGCACCUUAUUCUGUUAGUGCCAAACCAUGCCCUUCAGUAUGUCGCUGUGAUGUGGGUUUCAUAUAUUGUAAUGAUCGCGAUUUGACGUCUAUUCCUACAGGAAUCCCAGAGGAUGCUACUACCCUCUUCCUUCAGAACAAUCAAAUAAAUAAUGCUGGGAUUCCUUCAGAACUGAAGAACUUGCUUAGGGUGGAAAGAAUAUAUUUAUACCACAACAGCCUAGAUGAAUUCCCCACUAACCUCCCUAAGUACGUUAAGGAACUGCAUUUGCAGGAGAAUAAUAUAAGGACCAUUACUUAUGAUUCGCUUUCACAAAUUCCUUAUCUGGAAGAACUGCAUUUGGAUGAUAAUUCCGUUUCCGCUGUUAGCAUCGAGGAUGGAGCUUUCCGGGACAACAUCUAUCUCAGACUUCUUUUUCUCUCUCGAAAUCACCUUAGCACCAUUCCCUGGGGUUUGCCUAAAACGAUAGAAGAGCUACGCUUGGAUGAUAAUCGUAUUUCCACGAUUUCAGAGCUGUCCCUUCAAGACCUUACAAAUCUAAAACGUCUUGUUUUAGACGGAAAUCUUCUCAAUAAUCAUGGAUUAGGAGACAAAGUGUUCAUGAAUCUUGUCAAUCUUACAGAACUGUCAUUGGUCCGCAAUUCGCUCACAGCCGCACCUGUAAAUUUGCCAGGAACAAACCUAAGAAGGCUUUAUCUUCAAGAAAACCACAUCAACCGUGUGCCACCCAAUGCUUUCUCUUACUUAAGGCAGUUGUAUCGGCUAGAUAUGUCCAACAACAAUCUUAGCAAUUUACCUCAGGGUGUCUUUGAUGAUCUGGACAACAUCACUCAGCUUUUUCUUCGCAACAACCCUUGGCACUGUGGGUGCAAAAUGAAAUGGGUACGUGACUGGUUACAGUCGUUGCCUUUAAAAGUUAAUGUACGUGGACUGAUGUGUCAGGCACCAGAAAAAGUACGUGGAAUGGCUAUCAAAGACCUCAACGCAGAACUAUUUGAUUGUAAGGACAACGGCAUGAUAAGCACCAUCCAAAUCACUACUGCGGUACCAAACACAUUAUACCCAGCGCAGGGGCACUGGCCAGUUUCUGUCACCAAACAACCAGACAUCAAAACUCCCAACCUAAAUAAAAACUACAGAACCACAGCAAGCCCAGUACGCAAAAUCAUUACAAUAUUUGUGAAAUCCGUAAGCACGGAAACUAUUCACAUCUCCUGGAAAGUUGCACUGCCAAUGACAGCUUUAAGGCUGAGCUGGCUCAAGAUGGGUCACAGCCCCGCCUUUGGAUCUAUAACCGAAACGAUAGUUACAGGCGACAGAAACGACUAUUUGCUCACGGCUCUUGAACCAGAAUCGCCAUACCGUGUAUGCAUGGUUCCCAUGGAAACCAGCAACAUCUAUCUCUCCGACGAAACGCCUGAAUGCAUCGAGACUGAGACAGCGCCUCUUAAAAUGUACAACCCUACCACCACCCUCAAUCGGGAGCAAGAGAAAGAACCUUACAAAAACUCCAGCUUGCCCUUAGCUGCCAUCAUCGGUGGCGCGGUGGCGCUGGUGGCCAUAGCGCUGCUAGCCCUGGUCUGCUGGUACGUCCACAGAAACGGGUCCCUGUUCUCCCGGAACUGCGCCUACAGCAAGGGACGCCGGAGAAAAGAUGACUACGCCGAAGCGGGAACGAAGAAGGAUAAUUCCAUCCUAGAAAUCAGGGAGACUUCUUUCCAGAUGAUACCAAUAACCAACGACCAAGUGUCCAAGGAGGAAUUUGUAAUACACACCAUUUUCCCACCUAAUGGCAUGAAUCUGUACAAGAACAGCCACAGUGAAAGCAGUAGUAACAGGAGCUACAGAGACAGUGGUAUUCCAGAUUCAGAUCAUUCACACUCAUGAUACUGAAGGACAUGAAAGACUGGUUUGGGUUUUGUUGGUUUUUUUGGUUUUGUUUUGUUUUUUAAAGAAAACAAGAAAAGACUGACUUAACAGUUGCUGUUCUACUGCAAAACACUGGAGUAAAAGACUGACAAAGCAAUGUACUGUACAUUUGCCAUAUAAUUUAUAUUUAAGAACUUUUUAUUAAAAGUUUCAAAUUUCAGGCUACUGCUGCGAUUAAUGUAGUGGGGAUACCUGACCACAAUUCUAUAUUUUAGUAUUUUUUAGUAAUUUGUACUGUAUUUUCCUUGCUAAUAUUGAAGUUACAGACCAUUUAACUUUUGUGUUCUACUGAGUAAGAUGACUUGUUGACUGUGAAAGUGAAUUUUCUUGCCGUGUUGAGCAGUCAGAGCAUUCAUCUGAGAUCCUUGUAAGUGUAAGCACAGGCCAUUUUUCACUUUGGUAUCAAUAAAAUAAUGUUGAACCUGGCAAAUCAGGAAGAUCAAGAAGUGGUUGCAAAAACUCAUAGAACUUUAAAUGUUGGGUCCGCUGAAUCUGUAAACCACAACAAUAUUCAAUAAACAAAAACGCGUGUAGUAAUGGGCAAUAUCAGCUGUCUGGAUAUAUCCAUUCAACGAUGGUAAAAUCCAGUUUAAAAGAAAAUAAUCAAAAUGAUGACAUGCAUGAGACUGAAGCUUUUGACACGUGUGAAAAAAGUAAUUGAUCCCUGGAAGAAAGCCUAAUCAAAUUCCUAAUAAGGAAAUUUUAAAAAAUGCACUAGGCUCUACAAACCAAGAGGAUAGAUACAGUUUUGGUAUAGAUUUGUGGUUAUCAAAGCCAGAGGUCUGCUUAUUCCAGGGAAAACGUUGAUGUAUGGUCACAGGCAUUUGGGAAGCUAAGGCAGGAGGACAGAUACAACGCUUAGAAACUGCUUUGAACAAAAAAAGGGCUGAAAGUGCAGUUUCACAAGGAAAAAAAGAGCAGGACAAAAAAAAAAUAAUACAAGCAAGGUCUCAAAAACUUUAGUCACAAAGGUAAGCAGACAAUUGGUGAAUACAACUUUUUUUAAACUCAAACAGUAUACAGGUAUGCAUUCAGUAUACUGCCAUUACAGUCAGGAAUACUGCCCAUUACUGUCGCAGUUUUCCAGAAAUUCCUUGAUAAAUCUGUAAGGUAACAUGUUUCUGUUUCUGCCUUCCUACUGAACUAUGGGCUGUUUCAUGUUUAAACCCCAAGCUGCUCUUUGUUGCCAUAAUCACUUGUUUCUUCAACUAAAAAACCAAAGUGCUUUGUAUGCCCUUUGGCCAGUCCUGUGUGUGCCUUGAUCCAAUGCUACAUGUAUCAAGCUUUUAAAAACUAAAAAAAAUACCAAACAAAAAAAAAACCCACACAAAACCUGGAAAAAAUAAAAUACCCACUUUUUCAUACAUAACUUAUCUAAGAAAAAUACUGGUUUUAUUGAUGAAUAAAGUUGAAAAAUUAGUUCAAAAUAAUGCUGUACCUCUGCAGUGCACUGAUAGGAAACCCAUUCAGAACCUACUACUUCGCAGGUCAUGAGCUUCACCUUUUUCUUUGUUCUGUUUGACAGCGUUACACUUGCAGGAUUUCUUCAUUAUUAAUUACUGGAAAACAAGUUUUCAUAACUUUGAAGUGUGUGAACAAUGAAAGGGAGGGAAGGCAUGGAGUUACAACCCCCAGAGAUACAAUUUUUUUCAACAGAAACAGCAAAUAAAAAUACUUAAUAUUUUGGACAGUAUCUCACACAAGAAGAAACGUAUACCAAAUGCAAUUCUAUUUUAAGAGAACUUGAGCGGUUCUUGCCCUGUCCUUUCCCCUAAAAGUGGUAAAGGAUGGAAGACCGCAAGAAAAAAAGCGACCAACACGGAGACCGAUGGUUUCAGCAGUCAGCCUGCAAACAGCUCUGCCAGCAACCCAUCUAACUGUGCAGACCCAAAAUGUCCAGUAAUACGCAGCUCUCUCCAUCCUCAUUUUCCAGAUGUGCCCAGGGAAAGUCCUCUACAAACUCCCUGUGCCACAGUACUGCUUCCUCAACCUCACCUUCAAAAACGCCUCCUGCAGUUCCUGAGCAGUGGAGGAGUCCCAGAUGGAGAAGCAGCGCUGUGCUUCCCUCCCAACCUCAAACAAAUCCCAUCUUCACACAGAGCACUGAUUGGAUCCACCGUGCCAAAAGUGACAGGAAGGGGCACGUUACGCUAAACAACUGUGUGCUCCGCUCAGUGCAAUGCACUAAACAAGACUAUUUCGCUCUCUUUUUCCCAUCAGAUACAAAUCUAGGGAAGGGCAAGAAAGCCAAGACUGAGCACAUUGAGCCUCAUCACGUUCUUCUGCAGAAGGCUUCCCGAGUGGUAUGCGGGAAAGAAAAACCACCACAGAUGGAGCAGGCAGAGCUGGUUUUCAUCCGAGCUAGCGUAUAGGGACCUCACAUUGGAGAUACAUUUAAUGGCUAGAUCGCUGGCAAUAGAUUACAAGUUCUUUGCCAUCAGGUCUCUGGUAACAAAUUAAAUAGGUUUUGCUGAAUUUUCAAGCUAUUUACAUGAAAAACUCUCUCCUAGGUGACUCCAAAUUUGUGUUGUGAAAAGGAUAAUGAAAUAACACUGGGUGAGUACCCUCCUGUGCCUCUUCCAAGGCACCUGAGCCGCAGGCAGCCUGGUAAUGGUACAUCUGCUGUGCAUCUCGGGUGAUGCCAUACAAAGGUCACAUACGGGCUAUAAAAACAUCGCCAUUUGAGGAGGAGAUAACUGUAUAUGAAACUUAAAUACGAGGACUUUUCAUGUGAAAUCUAUGUACUGUGAGGUAGUAGUAUGCAAAUCCAAAACAACUUCAACAAGCUGGCCCAGUUGUUCCCAGUUCACCUGCACUAGAAAGAGUGAAAACCUGGCCAAGGGAUUCUGUCUUCUGCAGAGCGCCCGGCCAGGUUUGCAGGGAGAGCUGGUGCCUUCCUGCCACAGUUGGUGUCGAUGGAAGAAAUGGCACAUCCAUGCAUAUAACAUCUUCCUUAGGUUCUACAGCAACUUUCACGUGACGUGCAUAAUACUCAGAAUGUGGCAAAUGAAAGGCUGCUUUCAAAGUAAACUCUGGGUUGGUUUUUUUUACUUUGGAUACUUACAUAAAUUUCUAUUCUGCUCCAUGUCACGCCCAUCUCUUCAAGACAUCUACUUACCAUAGCCUGCAGUAACAGCAUGCAGUGCUCUCUAGCACCAUGCAUAAAUCUGUUCUAUUAGACAGUUAUAUACAUAGGGAAAUCGGAUUACUACACUGAGCAGUUUACUCAACACAUCUAUCAAAAUAACAUUAAUCCACAUAAAACUUAUCUCAAGUAAUUUUCUAAUUCCAUGUUAUUUCAUGUACGGUUCAAUAUUUAAUAGUGAAGCGAGGAGUGGAUUUUUUUUCAGUGUUGUCUAAGCCUUUGUGCAGGGUUAAUUUAAUCGGUAUAUUCCAUAUUAAAAUACUAUGCCAAGUAUCUUUUACAUUCUUUAUCGGGGGAUCACCUCUUAAUUUUUAUUUAUAUUGCUACCCUGAAUUGCUCACAGUUCUGUUUUUACCUGAAAGCUGACUCACAAAAACCUAAACCUGGUACUUUGGAAACCAUAAUAAUUUUGUCUUUUCAGUCAGAACUGAAUUUGCUUGAUUUAUAAGCUAUUAUUUCCUAGCUUUGUACAACAGCCUCAAAUGCAACAACUGUUGGGGUUUUUGUUGUUGUGGUUUUUUGUGUUGUUGGGUUUUUUUGUUGGGUUUUGGGCUUUGUUUUGUUUUGUUUUUGUUUUCUCCUGGCUUUAACAGUACCAAAUUCAAAGUAUUAUGGUCUUGGAACACAGUUACCAUUUCUUCUGCUAAUGCACUAGCUAGCAUGCAAGCUAUAUUGUGCCAAUGCUGUACAUAUUGAAUGUAGAGCAGCAAAUGCAAUAAAGCAAGAGCAAAAGUAAUAAAGCCUUAUUUGCUAUUAAAAUAAUUUACUGAUGACAUAACUCACUAAAGCAUGUAUAUAGACUUCUCUACUAAGUAAGAGAAUGCAAUUUUGCAUAUUCACCUGCAGCUGAAAUUGGAUAAAAUCUUCAAAUGUGAGCUGGCAGAUGCCAUUUGCCUGGAUUUAUCCAAACCACGUUUGUUUGGGAUACUUUUGGAUGGAACCGUAAUUCACGUGGAUACCCCCUGCUUCCAAAACACCUUAAUCUUGCUUCCAAAUCCAUGUAUUGUUUCAGCAUCACCUUGUGACUGAUCUUUGUUUAAUUAACUGUUUCUUUACUCAUACCAGCAUAACAAAAGCUUCAAGCCACAAGCCAGCACUUACGACCAAUGAAGUUUUGUUUGUUUUUUUAAAAAGCAUAAAGUCACUGGGGACUUUCUUCUUCCAAACUAGCCCAGAGUGGUUCAGCCAGAAAGGAAAAGCCCACUGACUGCAUUCAGAUGUGAAAAAAUUACACUUUUUUUUGCAAAUGUAUUUAAUUUUGGGGGUGGUGGAGAAGGAGUUCUACCCUUGCAAUGAAAUUAUAGCCCUUUGAAACACUCUGAAGGUACAACCACGACACAGGUAUCAGAUUCUGGACACAGUUGCUUUGAAAGUUUUUUCUUUUGGU